AUGGCAGCGCCGCUGCUUUCGAUCAUCCCCUUGUUCCUAGAGAAGCUUAACAAUUUGAAACUCGAGAAAGUGACGCUCAGGGGGUUACGGUCCGCGCUGGAGGAGCUCGAGAAGAAGAUCAAGGAGAUCAGACACUUCGUCCCCGACGCAGAGACCCAGGCCUUCAACAACGAGUACACACGCCUGUGGCUGAAAGCGCUGAAAGAUGCAGUGUACGACGCAGAUGACAUCCUCGACGACUGUGCGAUUGCCGGAGAAAUGGUUUCGGUACAACCGGAAACGUCCUCCUCGACCAACGCGGUACGCCCUCGUUUCUUCUCUCCAUUAUUUUUCACGAGUCAGAUUGGAUUUCAACAUAAAAUGGAGAUGAGGAUAAAGAAUAUAAACUCAAGGUUGGAGAAGAUCUCCAAAGAGAAGGCUGAGCUGCACAUGACGCCCACAGAUGAUGAUUUCUCAACGACAGAAAACAGCUUUCAGACAUCAUCUCUACUCCAUCCAGAAAUUACUUGGUCUGCGCUUGAAUUACAGUUGAAAAAAUUACUGAGACUACUUGUGGGGGAUGAGAACGAGGGAAAGCUGAUAGCGAUCACAGGGAUGGGGGGAAUCGGAAAGACUACCAUAGCUAAAGCUACAUACAACGAUCGAUUCAUCGAAGCCAGUUUCCACAUGAGGAUUUGGAUCUGCGUUUCCAAGUACUUUAGCCAUAUUAAGAUAUUGAAAGAGAUCAUAGCGCACGCAGGUGGAGACCCCCGGGAUGGUGACAGUAAAGAACAGCUGGCCUUGAUCGUAAGCAGUCUCGUCAAAGGCAAGAAAAUUUUUCUUGUUCUGGAUGACGUCUGGACGGCAGAUAUCUGGGAAGAUCUACUCCGAGGGCCCUUGCAAGGCGCCGCAGUUGGCACCAGGGUGCUAACGACGACUCGUCUCGAGUCUGUGGCGAGGCAGAUGGGGGUGUCGCACCUUGUUCCUGCCGAAAGAAUGACUGGUGUAGAAGGCUUCUUCUUUUUGUACAAGAUGGUAUUCAGAAACGGGGAGGAAGAACAGCGGGAAGCCCUGAAAGAUGUUGGCGUUAAAAUUGCCGAGAGAUGCAAGGGCGUUGCUUUGGCAAUAAAGACGAUUGGAGGAGUUCUGAGAUGCAGGAAAAAGAACGUACGAGAGUGGGAGGAGAUUCUCGAAGAUCCAAUAUGGUCUACAUCCAUUUUCCCAGAGGAGGAGGAAACCGUAAUGAAAUCAUUGUAUUUGUCUUACAGGGAUCUGCCCCCAAACAUCAAGCAGUGUUUUCUAUACCUCUCUCUAUUUCCUGAGGACUUCGUGUUUGUGCGUCCUAGAGUUGUCUCGUACUGGGUUGCAGAGGGUUUCCUAAAACCAGAGGGCACUUUUACCAUGGAAGACUUAGGAACGAAGCAUUUCGAUGAGCUGACCGGCAGAGGUCUUCUGCAACCACAGUUGUCACCGAUAGAGGGGGCUCUGUGCAAGAUGCACGACAUGGUGCGUUCUCUCUGUCAGUAUCUGGCUGAAGGUGAAUGUCUCUUCGGCGAGAUGCCGAGACCGAAAGGCCGGUCCGGAAACCACCGCAGGUUGUCAAUGGUGGAUUGUGAUUUUCCCGUAGACAUACAUCUUUUGAAAAGAGAACAACACCUGAGAACACUCCUUAUUCGUAGCAACCCAUACGGGGCGUUGGUUCUGAAACAGGAUGUUGUUGAAGCUCUUACCUAUCUGAGAGUUUUAGAUGUCAGUGAUACACCCAUUGAGGAACUGCCACACGUCAUUACAAAACUUCAACAUCUGAGGUACCUGAACGUCUCUGGAACCCCCAUUGGGUAUUUGCCCGAUUCGAUAGGCGACAUGAAAUGCCUUCAAUUCCUUUUCCUGAAGAACUGCAAGAACAUCACGUCUCUGCCAGACGGCAUAACGCAGUUGAGAAAUUUGAGGGGGCUCCAGAUGAAUGAAGGAACUUACAUCGACCAGAUGCCGAAAGGAAUUGGCGGACUGCAUCAGCUGCAAAGUUUGAAUGAGUUUGUUGUGGACAAGCAGGAGGGAACUCUGAGAGAACUGGGACCUCUUUCACAGCUGAGACUGUUGGUGAUCACCAAAUUGGAGAGAGUUUUAGAAAGAACGCAGGCCAGAAGUGCUCUCCUCGAGAAUAAAACUUCAAUUAAUUACAUAAGCUUCGAGUGGUCCUUCCCUCCCGUGGACACUACGACCGUUGACCAAAUAAUGAACAUGUCCGAAGUAUUUGAUGAGCUAUGCCCCUCAUCCUCCCUGCAGAUUCUCAACGUCGAUGGAUACCUUGGACUCACCCUCCCUCGUUGGAUGUGGCCUUCGUCGUCAUCUGGCGUCUCUCCCAUCCAUAAUCUCACACAUAUAACAAUGACCAACUGCAUAAUUUUCUCUCAGCUUCCUCCUCUCGGACUUCUCCCUAAUCUGAAGCUUCUCGGACUCAAGAAUUGCUCCCAGCUCGUAACCAUCAGAACCGAGCUCGCGAACCCUUCUGCUUCCCCACAUCCAUCUUCUUCCACUGCAAAUGGUGGCUCAACUGCUAUUCUGUUCCCCAAGCUGGAAUCCCUUUCUCUUGUAGAAAUGCCGAAUCUUGAAACAUGGUCCUGGAAAACAGACAACGGAACAAGCAUGAUGGUCUUUCCUUCCCUCAAAGUUCUGUACCUUGACGACUGCCCCAAAUUGCGAUGCAUCCCCGAUAUCUCUUGGAGACGGCUCGAGCACAUUAUGAUCUUGAACUGCCCUUCAAUGUUGGACGUGGGUAGUCUUCCUGCUCCGGAAGCAUUGUCUGUAAGAGAUGACAACUCGGAAGACGUCCCGCCGUGGUUAAACCACGUCGGUGUCGAUCCCACGGAUGAGGUGUCAGUCCUUCUCUUCCAUGUCAGCCUGAGUCUGCUCAAGAGAAUGUUACAGCAGAGAGAGGCAGGCGUCAACGACCCAGAUGUUGGCUGGAAUGUCGUUAAAAGAUUUCCUCGUGCUUACGUCGUCGCAAAGGACGAUGAAGCAAUGUUUUUCUCCUACACCAAACAUAAAUCAUUAUUCCACACCAGCGUGCAGGUCGCCUAA